GUCGCUGGACAAGCUCCUCUCCUCUGUGUCCUGCUCUCCACCUGGCCUCCAUGAGUUUAACUGAAGACAAGUCAUUCCUCCCUGGAAGAUGGGAAAUGCUUCUGACACAUCUGACGUGUUUGCCUCCACCAUCUCCAAGGAGCACGACAUCUUCAUGGGUUCACUCUACAGCGCAUUUUGUUUACUGUCCCUCAUGGGCAACUGCAUUCUGCUACUUGUUGCAUAUCACAAGCGGUCAACCUUGAAGCCUGCAGAGUUCUUCAUCAUCAAUCUCUCCAUCAGUGACCUUGGGAUGACACUCUCUUUAUUCCCAUUGGCAAUACCAUCAGCUUUUUCACACAGGUGGCUGUUUGGAGAGAUCACCUGUCAGCUUUAUGCAAUGUGUGGUGUGCUGUUCGGUCUGUGCAGCUUGACCAACCUCACAGCCCUCUCCUUAGUGUGCUGCCUCAAAGUCUGCUUCCCUAACCACGGUAACAAGUUCUCCUCGUCACACGCCCGCCUCCUGGUGGUUGGAGUGUGGUGCUAUGCGUCUGUGUUUGCUGUAGGGCCCUUGGCACAGUGGGGACAUUACAGUCCCGAACCGUAUGGCACAGCCUGCUGCAUUGACUGGCUUGCACCCAACCACGAGCUUUCAGCUUUGUCUUACAUCGUCUGCCUUUUCGUCUUUUGCUACGCGCUGCCCUGCACCAUCAUCUUCUUCUCCUACACUUUCAUCCUGCUGACGGUGCGGGGGUCACGUCAGGCUGUCCAGCAGCAUGUGUCACCACAGACCAAGACCACCAAUGCACAUAAUCUCAUUGUCAAGCUGUCAGUAGCCGUAUGUAUAGGCUUCCUGGGUGCCUGGAGCCCGUAUGCUGCUGUGGCCAUGUGGGCUGCUUUCGGAGACGCCUCGCGUGUUCCCCCUGAUGCAUUUGCCCUUGCCGCCGUGUUUGCGAAGUCUUCCACCAUCUACAACCCCAUGGUCUACCUGCUGUGUAAGCCCAACUUUCGCGAGUGUCUCUACAGGGACACGUCUGUGUUGCGAUUGAGGAUCUACAGGGGAAGUCCACAGUCAGAUCCGAAAGAACGCUCCGGAUCCACCUCACAGCGCAACAAGGACAUGAGCAUCUCCACUCGCUUCUCAAAUGGACAGCAGGAGAGCUACGGGGCGUGUCUGCACUGCGCUGAGAGUGCAGAGCCAUGUCAUGUGACAACUCCCCAAAGGACUGCCUGCGUCCUGACUGGAUCCUCCUGCAGAGAGGUGACAGUUAGCCAGCUCUCGGCCAAACCGCAGGCUGAUUUACUCAAGUAGUACAACCUCCUUCGUUCAUGAAGCGAACAAGACAGGACAGGUGCUCAAAAAGACAGAGAGAUUACAAAACAACAAAGGGCCUGCACAAGCUAUAACAAGUGUGUCACCGAGACUCUAAGGCGUGACAACUCCAACAGUCUUGCAAGGACCUUUAAAAGCAUCCUUCCUGAAAGUAACUCAUAAAUGGCCUCAGUGGAAACAUACACAUCGUGCUUCCUUCAUAUUUGAAAAGGUCUGCCACAGAACUGUACACUUGUAAUGUCUCGAUGUCUACGUCUGUAUUAACUCGUAUCCUGUUCCUGUUAUUAAUGUACAGUCACAUAACUGGUUUCUGAAGGAGCAGAAAAUGAGACAGGAGAACCCCUGCUGGCUUCGAGGGUAAUUAGGCAAAUGUGUGACAUUUUAAAAAAGAGCUCAUUAUCUUUUGCAUACAGCAGGAAGAUAUUAAUGUGAGGAUAAACUGUGUUUAACAACUGACCUGUU